AUGACGGCCCUCAAGAUCGUCGUCUCCGGUGCUGCCGGCCAAAUUGCCUACUCGCUGCUGCCGCUCAUCUGCGGCGGCCACGUCUUUGGACCCACGCAACGCCUCGACCUGCGUCUGCUGGACAUUGCACCGGCCCAAGAGGCGCUGGACGGCGUCAAGAUGGAGCUGCAGGACUGCGCGUUGCACCUCGUGGACGCCAUCACGCCGACAUCGGACCUUGCGACGGCCUUUGCGGACGUCGACGUGGCGAUUCUCGUCGGUGGGUUCCCACGGAAGCAAGGCAUGCACCGCAAGGACUUGAUUGAGAAGAACGUGGCGAUCUUCAAGGCCCAAGGACACGCCAUGGACAAGUUUGCGAGCCGCAAUGUCAAGGUGCUGGUCGUGGCCAAUCCAGCAAACACGAAUUGCCUCAUUGCUAUGGAGAACGCCCCGAGCAUUCCACGCGCCAACUUUACGGCACUCACGCGGUUGGACCACGAGCGGCUGCGCGCGUUCCUCGUGGAGAAGGUGAACGAGACGCAGCAGAACAGCAAAGUCACGUCGAGCGACAUCCACAAGGUCAUUAUCUGGGGCAACCACUCGAGCACGCAGGUGCCGGACGUCACGCACGCUGGGGUGCUGCUGCCACACGCGGGCAAGAGCGAGUCGCUGGACAAGGUUGUCUCGGACAAGGACUGGAUCGAAACAAAGCUGGUGAAGGACGUGCAAGAGCGUGGCGCUGCUAUCAUUAAAGCUCGCAAACUCUCGAGCGCCAUGUCGGCUGCAGCGGCGAUCGGUGCGCACAUGCGUGACUGGUUCCACGGCUCGAAGGAGGGCGAUCUGGUGUCGAUGGCCGUGUGCUCGGACGGCAAUAGCUACGGAGUGCCAGAGGGCCUCGUGUACUCGUUUCCGGUCAAGUGCACGGGCAAUGGCGCCUACGAGAUCGUCAACGGCCUCUCUGUCUCGUCGCGCAUUGCUGCAAUGAUGAAAGCCACCGCUACGGAGCUGAUGGAAGAGAAGACCGAUGCUGUGGAGAUUUUGUCGCGUCAGUAG